AUGGACGGAUUGUCAAAUAUCAAAUGGGGCCCGGUGAUUGACAAAGUAUUUCUUUACCAUCCAGAUGAUUUUAUGUUAUUGGCACCUCGAAAGAAAUCUAUUAUUGGUUUUACAAACAAGGAAGCUGCUCUAUUCACCAUCAUGGGGGUGGCUCCAUUCCUCCAUAAAUUUGGCAUCAACCCUUCGAAUUAUCCGGAAUGGACCAGAGAGAAGUUUAUUAGUACAAUUAAGAAAUACGUAGAUUUGGUUUAUACUGGAGACGAUGCACAGAAAAUUGUUGACGAUCUCGUGUCUUUUUAUGUAGAUAGGGGAGAAGAGAAAAAUUACGAAUUUUACAUAGACCGAUAUACGCAAUUUAUCAGUGACGCCAUUUUCAAUGUUCCGAUUGUUGACGGAAUUUUGAGUCGUCGAAAAGCUGGUUGGACAAUUUACGCCUACUUUUUAGAUCAUUAUAAUGACGCCAUCUGGAACGAUAGAGUGCCGAAAAGAUUGAGAGGAAUAAGUCUUCAUGCUAGCUAA